AUGGUCGACAAGAAGUUGACGUGCCUACUCUCACACCUUUGCUGCAUUUUGGUGUUCGCCAAAUGUAUGCAAGUUGGCCACCCUAUUCAAACUGAUGCGAAGGGAAACAGGGGUAAAGACAUUGUAUACACCGAGGAACAGUUUGAACGCUUCUUGCUCGGUCCCCUACCAGAACAGCACCCGUCCUCUCCACCUCCUCUUCCGGGUUCUGGCAGCGUUCCAGAAAGUGCGGCCAGCACAUCAAAGGACCUUCUGACAAGCACAUUCCCAAGUCCCAGGGAGCAAGAAGUAGAAGGGCAUUUUCAGAUCGAAGCUGAGUCGUCAGUGGCUUCUCAGCGAUAUGCUCCUUCGUCAAGCAGUCCCCCUUUCACCUUUGACGGGAAUAACUUCGAUUUAUAUGAUUUCGACCACGUCCCUCAGCACCUGAAUGCCCCUUGGUCACCAACCCCUUCAGAACCAUUCCGUGUCGAGAACAGCCUCGGACCGGACAGGCAGACCGAAAAUCCAACGCAGAAGAAGGGCCGAGGUCCGAAGAUCAUCAUAGAAGAAGAUUCUUGCGUAAUGACAAAACGCAAAUGUCAGCGCGAACUGAAUGAGUUCUGGGAGGCUUGCGAUAAUGCUAUUGCGCAAGUGGCGUGGUCCAAAUACCGAACAAACAUAAUGAAGCUAUUUAAGCGAAUUGCCGUCGCAGCUUUCAAGGAAGGAAAAGACUUACAGAAGGUCCUCGAGAACUAUUGUCUUCGAAACAAGCGAAUUUCGUCGUGGCUCAAUAGUUUGAUCGACCAUCCUAUCUUCCUCUUAGAAGACACGAUGAAUGCUGAGAAGGACCCUGGCCUCCACAAGUAUAUAUCCGAUUGGGCAGCAACCGCUCGGGAUACUUUGGCGGCACAAAGAGGCGGCCACCUCAAUUUCACUGAGAAGGUCAACCGGGUUUGGCGGCUCAAGGCUGCAGACGAGCGACUCAAAUCACAACGCCUCACGGAAGGCCCCGAACCUUAUUCAGCCGGUGUCGGUAGAGCUCGUAUCAGGCUUACAGAAGAUCACGGUGAUGUUAAACGACUCCGAGAGAAGCGACAGAGAGCGAGCAUGAAAGCUGAUGGGAGCCUCAAUCGAGAUCGAGACAGGAAGGGUACCACCUCUCGGCAGCCUCCUCUACAGGAGUCGAUCAUAAAAGACGAGACAUCAAGUGCUGUAGACGGACGUCAUGAUGUUUGGUCGGGAUGCGGUGACGAGAUUAGAGAUGAGUGGAAGACGUACGCUACCGACAUUACCAAAUCACUAUGCAAAGACGCAGAAAAGUCACUCAAGUCGGGAAAAGCUUUAGAAAGCGUCAUCUACGGUGAGCCACGGUAUAAUCGACCGCCAACUUGGCACAACAGCAUCCUUGAUCAUCCAACAACACUCGUUGAGGACCGUCCAUCGAUUCGUAGAGACCAGCCGGUGCACAAGCUGGUUUCGGAGUGGGCCAAAAUGGCCAGGAACGAAUUGGCAGAGAAAAGGGAGCUUCGAUACAUGCAGAAGCUUGUGGGGUCGGACACUUGGACACUGAAGCCUUUAGAAGGCCGCAUGGUCAAAGAGGGCCCUGAUAGGUGGCGAAGUAAAGGGAAGACACGCAUGGUCAACAAUUCGCCCGAGCAAAGGAAGACCACUUUCCUAGUGCCAAUGUCCUGA